UACUAACGUAUCAUCAUGCGUCGCUGUCCAUUUUUUUGUCUAAGCCAUUUUACAAUAACACGUCUUUCUACCUGUUGUUCGGUCAGAAGUUCAAGUUCAUUGCGCAGCGCGACAAGCAAGCUGGUGGCCGGCACGUCACGUGACACCGAGAUUGAUCGGCUGCUAGAGAAAGCGUCUCUUCAACCAACACGCGAGAGUUUCGUCAAAGCAGUAGACGCGUUCCUCAAACGAGACAAACGACGAAAAGGCCAUCUCGAUUUCAUCUCCGCUUCACUCAAGUGGAUCGAAAUGUCUGGCUUGUCACGUGACCUACCAACCUAUAAUCGUUUGUUGGAUGUCUUUCCAAGAGAUCGAUUUCGUAACAAGACUUUGAUGGACGCCAUUUGGCCGAGGCCGUAUCCACAGAUUGACUCCGCUCUGCACAUUUUACAGAAAAUGGAAGACAAUGGUAUCAGACCGGAUUACACCACAUACUCAUUGAUGCUGGAGGUUUUUGGUCAUGCCAGUCUGCCUGUACAGAAGUGUAGGAGGAUAGCCUAUUGGUUUGAUCGGUUUGAGAAUGUCGAUCCUUACAAGCUGCCUCGACCGAUACCCAACGAUCCUUGCGAACUCGCCAAGCUUACUCUGGAGCGUAUCAGUAGUCCAGACAGCGAACUGAAAUUGCUUCAUCGGGUUGACGCCGAGAGCGAGACGGCGUAUGUUAUGAGCAGUCAGGCUCGGUGGCAGAGAAAUCGGUUGCUGGAGUGUGCAGCUUCAACGUCGAAUGGGAGUUUCUUACAAGUGACCGGACCGCAUCGGACGUGGCUGCAACACAUUGAGCAGAAAUAUUUUGUGCUGGAAGCUCGACUAGAUCCUCCAAGAUUAAAUCAAGAAACAGUUGUUGCUCUCGGAAUGACAUCUAGACAUUCUCAAGAUUUACUGAACAUAUGGCUGUCGGGAUUAGAGCAAGAUAAUCCGUCGUUAUCUAAUGCUCGUGUUCUAUUUGCAACGAGUUUUGAUCGAGAUCAAUCUGUAGAUAAGUUUCAACGUUUGUCGACUUCAGAGUAGGUAAAGUGAAUGAGAGAAAUAAAGGUACACAAGUUGAUACAUGGCAACUGGCAUAUAAUCAAUGUUGACCCUGAAAAUUAUUACUUUAAGUGAUUAUGUGUAUACAUGUUGACUAUUUUGUAUGGCGGCUGCCUGAUAUUUAUGAUGCAAUUUUGUUACCGGAGCAUAAGUCCAAUGUGCAUGCAUGCAUGCAACUGACCAAUCUCAUCAUGGAUUAGUGUGUGGUAACUGUGUAUAUGUAAUCAGUGUUUGUAUCAACUGUUGCAUGGUAGACUGGAAAUGCCUAAAUGAGUCAUAUUAUCUGUCUUACCUUGUAUGUAGUUGUGUAUGAAUGUUAUAUUGUAUUAUGGUAUGAGUUUAGUUCUAAAUGUUUUACACAAUUAUUGGAUUUUACUGUUCAGCAAACUCUUGACGUGAAAUGGUUUAUCAAUUGUUGCCGAUCAAAGCGAGCCUGUCUCUUGUUAUGUCAAUUAAAGUCGAGAUAUAUUGUGUGUAAAGAAGGCUCGAGGAUGAGGCUAUUGUACUGUAGUUAUAGUUUCUACAGGCUUAUUUAUACCAAAACCUUCUUGUCUUUCUGCCUGCAAGAUUCUAGAAUGCGGUUGCUAAAAUGUCUGGUGUGUUGUUUCAAAACAUUAAUUGUCGCAGCAAUGUUUCUAGUCAACCGUCAUUCUGUUGCGCGUGCGCGACGAGACCCGGCCAUAAAUAAUUGG